AUGUCCUUGUCCCAGGGUUCAAAUUUUUUCCUCGAGCGCCAGCUCAUAGGAGAAAGGUUAUUAAAUGACACGCAUGUUUGUGAUUCUCAUAUUGAAGAGAUUCGGGAGUAUCUUGCCAUUCCGUACCGAAACCACAACGCCACCAAAUUCACCCGCAUUCGUCUCCAGGGGUACUCCAGAGCUUUGCAGUGUGACCUAGCACUUAUCAGGACGCCCCGUCAAAACCAGAUGGAUAAUUUCGUCAUUUGCCCAUCAGUGUUCAUCUCUGAUGAAAACUGUCAUGCUCCUAAACCCUCACUUCAGGCUCAACCAGACGGCAUGCAGGUGUUAAAUGGCGAAGUCCGACAGAGAGGUGUAUACCAUGGACCUGUCUCCCCAGAAGCAAAAGCCAACGCACAGAAUUUCAUGCUUGAGGCUAACAAUCCCAGUGACGAUGCGAUUUCCAUAAUCCCACAAGGAAGAACACUGGUUGCCGUAGGCAAUUACGGAACGAAGAUGCUAAACUGCUCAAGAAUAUCUGUGCCGUUGGUCGGAACCAUCCCUUCGCAGGCGGAUAUAAUCACCCCAAGCUUGACAGCGGAAAUCUGCGAGUGUAGUGUGUUUGUCAAGGCUGUAGGACCUAACAGCGAAUUCCCUUCUACUAAUUCUGCUACUGUAGCGGAACGGCGAUACUGCGAUGGUAUUCAACUUCUCUCAAAUCAUGCCACGGGUUACAAUUGCCCCACGAAACCGAGCACCGAUCAUCGAAAUUUGAAGGCUGGCUCGAUAAUAUGUCGCCCAAAACGAGAGGACCACGAAUACUAUCAGGGCCGGGAUUCCUCCAAAUGCCGCCUAAAUGACAUCCUAGCCCGCUACCGAGAGAAGACAACGGCGAAACGAGACCAUACUGAUUUCUGGGAGGAGAGAAAUAGCAAGCCAGGCCCUAACUCCAAGCUUCCUUCCUAUAGAGGUGAGUACGAUUAUUGCCUCGCUAUUGAAGGAGAGAUGAGGGAUCCUUCUCUUACCCUAGAGUUUGUCGAGGGUAUAAAGGAGAAAUGGAAAUUUUCCCGGAAUCGAGUGCGCGAUGACUGCAGGAUGUGGAGAGCAGCGGAAGGUACUGUCUCUCAAGCAAGUAAAUAUCUCGCGCAGAAGAGAGAACUAGUCGACGCGAUCCGCAAAAUUGAGGAUGUGGAGAAGUGGAGGUUAGGUUUAAACCCGGAGGCGGCACCAUGUGAGUGGCUCUUUGAGCCACUCACAGCCAUUCCACUCCGUAUGCUUUGGGUACCGCAAUGA